AUGGCUCCAUUCAGCGGCGAUGAAACGGCACCGUUUUUUGGCUUCCUUGGAGCCGCAGCUGCUCUCGUUUUCUCAUGUAUGGGAGCUGCGUAUGGCACAGCAAAGAGUGGUGUGGGAGUGGCUUCGAUGGGUGUGAUGAGACCGGAGCUGGUGAUGAAGUCGAUUGUGCCUGUUGUUAUGGCUGGUGUUUUGGGUAUUUAUGGUCUUAUUAUUGCUGUUAUUAUCAGUACUGGAAUUAACCCAAAGGCUAAGUCUUAUUACCUUUUUGAUGGUUAUGCACAUCUCUCAUCUGGUCUUGCUUGUGGCCUUGCCGGCCUCUCUGCUGGUAUGGCUAUUGGGAUUGUUGGUGAUGCUGGUGUUAGAGCCAAUGCACAGCAGCCAAAACUUUUCGUUGGAAUGAUUCUUAUCCUUAUCUUUGCUGAAGCUCUUGCUCUUUAUGGUCUCAUUGUUGGUAUUAUCUUGUCUUCACGUGCUGGCCAGUCUAGAGCCGAAUAA